AUGUUGGGAUAUCAACUUGCUACUCUCUUGGCUGCUGCUGCCUCGCUUGCCGGUGUUGAAGCCACUCCGACUCAUAAGCAUGGUUCUUGUGGACACAAGAAGUUCUGGUGGCCUGUGAAGCAGACUUGCCUACCCUAUGGCGGAGUCAAGCACCCUCACCCUGCCCCACCCCGCCACCACUGCGGUGCUGCGUUCCACCUCAACCCGAGGUCAUCAAUCCAGAAUGCCCUCCCGUUACUCCAGGACAAUGCAGUUCCUCAACGUGGUGGUGGGAACCCAAGGCAUGCGCUUGCCUGCUGGUGGGCCACCAACUCCUCUGCCUUCCCCUCCCAACGGGUGGUUGUGCCCUUACGAUUGGUACUGGCGCGACGGUAUUGUGCACCUCGUGAACCUGCAUAUGGUGCUCCUGUUUGUGCCGAGAAGUAUACCUGGGAUGGUGCUGUGUUUUAUUGCAAGCGCGGCUACUAG